UGACAGGGAAGCGGAACGACAGAAAGAAGAAAAGGGUUCGCUGUCUCCGGAGGAAAGUAUUUUGAGGGGGGCCUCAUUGCGCGAGGAAGCAAGCUAGGAGGCUAGCAGCGGCGCUAAUGGCCCAGUCGGCUGCUAACGGUGUGGACCAGGACCCGGCCAGCAAGAGGCUGCCCUCGAGGAUGGAGGCCUCUUGCUUGGAGUUGGCCUUGGAAGGAGAGCGGCUGUGCAAGGCCGGGGACUUCAAGGGGGGGACAGCGUUCUUUGAGGCGGCCGUGCAGGUUGGCACAGAAGACCUGAAGACGCUUAGCGCCAUCUACAGCCAGCUGGGCAAUGCCUACUUCUACCUCAAAGAGUAUGGCAAAGCCCUGGAAUACCACAAACAUGACCUUACUUUGGCCAGAACGAUAGGAGACAGAAUUGGAGAAGGGAAAGCGAGCGGCAACCUGGGUAACACAUUGAAAGUGUUGGGGCGUUUCGAUGAGGCUGUGGUGUGCUGUCAGAGACACCUGGACAUUUCUCAAGAGCAGAGAGACAAGGUUGGAGAGGCCAGAGCGCUGUACAACAUAGGCAACGUGUUUCACGCAAAGGGGAAACAGCAGUUAUGGGGCUGCACACAGGAACCAGGGGACCUGCCUCCGGAUGUCAGAGACACUCUGCAAAGGGCUACUGGUUUUUAUGAGAUGAACCUGUGCCUGGUCAAAGAGGUCGGGGACCGAGCUGCUCAGGGGAGGGCCUACGGGAACCUGGGCAACACCCACUAUCUGCUGGGGAACUUUGUCGAAGCUAUCAAGUUCCACCGCCAGCGAUUAUCCAUAGCCAAAGAAUUUGGGGACAAAGCGGCCGAGAGGCGAGCCUACAGUAACCUCGGCAAUGCCUUGAUAUUCCUUAGCCAGUUCAGCACGGCCACUGAAUACUACAGGAAAACUUUGCAGCUGUCGAGGCAGCUGAGAGACCAGGUAAUGGAGGCCCAGGCCUGUUACAGUCUCGGAAACACCUACACCCUUUUGCAGCAGUACGAGAGGGCCAUAGACUAUCACCUGAAACACCUGUACAUAGCCCAGGAGCUCACUGAUAGAGUCGGCGAGGGCCGCGCAUGCUGGAGUCUGGGGAACGCGUAUGUGUCUCUACAGAACCACAAACAAGCUCUGCAUUAUGCCCGGAAGCAUCUGGACAUAUCUAAAGAGAUUGGAGACAGAAAUGGAGAACUGACGGCCAGGAUGAAUGUGGAGCAGCUGAUGGAGGCUUUGGGGGUCAAUGAGAGUGACCUUUCACCUUCUAGUUCAGAAUUUGAGAUGCAAGGAGCAAGACCCAAAUUCACCAAGCGAAACAGCAUGGACAGCGUGGAGCUGUGGAAGUACUCUUCAGAUAAGAAUGAAGAGAACCAAGACCUGGAGCGUAUCCCCAGGAGAUCCAAGAGUCACGUGUCACAGCCAGGCAAAAGAAAAGGCUACCCAGACAGUCAGUCAUCGGAUGACAGGCCGUGGUUGGACUCUCCGCUAGACGCCGAUGACAUCACUGUGCAAGUCCCACCUCCAGUGGCAAAGCUGGGCCGUGACCCGUCCGAUGAAGACUGCUUCUUCGACCUCCUCAGCAAGUUCCAGAGCAGCCGCAUGGACGACCAGCGCUGCCACCUCGAUGAGCCGCAGAACGGAGAGAGCGGAGGAGGCGCCGCGAACGCCGUGCUCUCCCUGAACGAGAUAACAGAUCCCGCGAUCACCACCUCCCCUCAGACCGAGGAGCUGUUCGAUUUGAUCGCCAGCUCCCAGAGCCGCCGUCUGGACGACCAGCGGGUUAAUGUCGGCAACCUACCGGGACUGAGGAUCACGCACAACAAUCUGGGACACCUGGUGGGCGAGGGAGACCAUCAGGAGCCCAGCGACGACUUCUUCAACAUGCUCAUCAAGUGCCAGUCCUCUAGGAUCGAUGAUCAGCGGUGCUCCCCGCCAGAAGCGGGCCCUCACGCCCCCACAGUGCCUGAUGAGGACUUCUUCAGUCUAAUCCAGAGGGUGCAGGCCAAGCGCAUGGACGAGCAGCGCGUGCAGCUGCCCUCAGACGAGCAGGACGACCCCCAGUCCCCCGACGCUGAGCCGCCUGCUGGUUUUCCCAGCUAGGACUUGGGGAAUUAUGCUGCAUAACUUCACGUCAAAGAAGAUCGAAAGAGGGAUGAGGCAACGUUUGAAAAAAAACGGCACUUGAAGGGUGAACUAACAAGAUUUUUAUUAACAAGACAAAUUCCAUGUGCAAUAGGUGGUGUCAAAUGUUGCUCGGUGUGUUAUGUUCCGAAUGUGUGUUGCUAUUAGGGGGAAGCAAGCAGGGUUUGAGCUUGAUGGUGUGGGAGGUAAAUACAUUUGGGAUUACAUGAGACAAACAUGAAACAAUGAACUCAAUCUAUUGCCUUAAUCAGCAUUUUUUUUUUUCAGACCCAAGAUUGUAUUCCCUGCUGUCAGACGUGUUCCGUAGAGGCGAACGAUGAGCCGUCAGUUUAAAAUGGACGAUCAAUGAGCAGCAUGAGUCGUGGGAAUCAUAAAGAUAUAAUGAUAGUAACUGUGUCGGUGAAAAACAUCAGAGAAAUCACAGGUUUGCUCUAAAAUAUCAACUUGUUUUAUAAAGAGAUGAAAUAUUGUGUAUAUACAAACUAUCUUUAUGAAACUAGUUGACCUCUGAUCAAUGGUGCUUUUUCAUUCCAUUGUUAUGGUUCCCACUGCUCAUAGAUCACUGGUGUUAGUUGUGCAGCAACAGUAUUAGGGAUUAUCAUCCAGUGAAACUGUCUUGGUCAGUUUAAACUCAAAAAAAGUAAUAGGAUUCCUUUAUAUUGGCAGACUGAGUGAAAUAUGAUUUCCCAGAUGAAUGUUAUUUAUGUGCAUUUCCGCUUCAGUCGUGUAAAAAUGCCUUUCCUCACACAGUAUGCGGUAACCACGGUUACCGAGCAAACAAUGUGACAUAGCCGCUUCCUUUUAUCGCGAAUAGAGUUGUGGUUCAAGCUCCAGUUACGUGUUUCUGCUUAGCUCUGAAAGUUAUGCAAUCCGCUGCCAGUACUGCCCGACAACAGGCUGCUUCUUACUGCCAUUAUUAUCUUCACUUAACAUAGAUAUAGAAGCGGAUGGACAAGACGGAUGUGUCAUAUUUUGAUUGGUCUAAUAGCAUAAACAAUAUUGAAGCACUACUAGUGUGCUGCCUCCCUCUGUGACAUCAUUAGCAUAGGACUAUUGUCUGAUUCUGAACGCGUUCCUCUUAUUUCAGCAACAGUGUUGCGCCAUGCAGAGAUGUUUCCCAAUCAUCUCUGCAAAGGUCUGGAGGGUGUCACUUCAAAUAAGUGUGUAUUUCUAUAUAUUCUGCGCCAUGCAAGUUGAGCAGGAGCGGUAGAAACUGCAGAAAGUACACUUGAAUCGGCCAAGAGUUUGAAACCCUUCGCUGUGAAAAGCAUCUGUGUAAUGGUACAAAAAGAGGUUGACCUUUGCCGAUGGGCCUUUGUUUGAUUUUUCUCACGUAGUGCUUACCUCACUUUUUGUACCUUAAAGCUCAUGUUCUGAACCAGAAUGGACCAUGUACCAAGUUCAAAGUAAUUGUGUUUGAUUCAUCUAGCUUUGAUAAAUAAUGCAUUGGGAACGUAAAUAUUAAGUAAAUAUUUUCUUUUCAUUUUUUGUUUUUGUGAAUUAACAUUUUUUAGAAAUUAUUUGGUACACUUACAUUUGUCGUUGCCAUAAUUUGUACAUAUAAAUAUAUUUUGUAUUUAUGUUCCAUAUGAGGACAUGAAUAUGUCCCCUCAUGCUUUUAAUAAAAUGUUUCAGAUGUUU